GCAGCAGGCUCAAAGCAAGUUUACCAGAACGUCGCUUCAAUCAGCGUGGACAUGAGUAAAUCUGCCAUGGCAAACGAGAUUACGAUUCGACAGCUGUCUGGGGAGACAAAGUCAUUCAUCUUAGUUCCGGACAUGACUGUCCGUGAGCUGAAAAGGCAGCUACACGGGUGGCUGCGCUGCGCAGACGAAUCAAAGCGCAACAUGAGCUCGGUGGAGCUGGUUCUUGGAGACAGGCCCCUAGUGAAUGCCGAUGAGAUGGCGUCCAAGGCAAUCCCAGGGGCAGAAGUUUUGGCUUUCCUGAGCAUCAAGCCGGUCACGUGCUCAAGCCGCGAAACCUCCAGCAUUGAGCCUGAAGAUUUGCGUGUGGUGGAAAUUCCGGGAGGCGUGACUUUGAUAGAAGCCGGUGCCUUCAAAGGUUGCAGAUCAUUGGCAAAUGUGACCAUCCCUGACUCAGUUACUCGGAUUCGAGGAAGUGCCUUCCGAGGUUGCAGCUCGUUGGCAACUGUGACCAUUCCCAACUCUGUCACUGUGAUUUGGGAUUCUGCCUUUGAAGGUUGCAGCUCAUUGGUAAAUGUGACCAUCCCUGACUCAGUUACUCGGAUUGGAGGAAGUGCCUUCUUUGGCUGCAGCUCAUUGGCAAACGUGACCAUUCCCAACUCAGUCACUCAGAUUGAAGGAAAUGCCUUCCGAGGUUGCAGCUCGUUGGCAACUGUGACCAUUCCCAGCUCUGUCACUGUGAUUGGCGCUUCUGCCUUUGAAGGUUGCAGCUCAUUGGUAAAUGUGACCAUCCCUGACUCAGUUACUCGGAUUGGAGGAAGUGCCUUCCGAGGUUGCAGCUCGUUGGCAACUGUGACCAUUCCCAACUCUGUCACUGUGAUUGACGAUUCUGCCUUUGAAGGUUGCAGCUCAUUGGUAAAUGUGACCAUCCCUGACUCAGUUACUCGGAUUGGAGGAAGUGCCUUCUUUGGCUGCAGCUCAUUGGCAAACGUGACCAUUCCCAACUCAGUCACUCAGAUUGAAGGAAAUGCCUUCCGAGGUUGCAGCUUGUUGGCAACUGUGACCAUUCCCAACUCUGUCACUGUGAUUGGCGCUUCUGCCUUUGAAGGUUGCAGCUCAUUGGUAAAUGUGACCAUCCCUGACUCAGUUACUCGGAUUGGAGGAAGUGCCUUCUUUGACUGCAGCUCAUUGGCAAACGUGACCAUUUCCAACUCAGUGACUGAGAUUAGAUUAAAUGCCUUCCGCGGUUGCAGCUCAUUGACAACUGUGACCAUUCCCAACUCAGUCACUCAGAUUGGAGGAAAUGCCUUCCGAGGUUGCAGCUCGUUGGCAACUGUGACCAUUCCCAACUCUGUCACUGUGAUUUGGGAUUCUGCGUUUAAAGGUUGCAGCUCAUUGGCAAACGUGACCAGUCCCAACUCAGUCACCAAAAUUGAAGGAAGUGCCUUCUUUGGGUGUAGCUCAUUGGCAAACGUGACCAUUUCCAACUCAGUGCCUCAGAUUGGAGGAAAUGCCUUCCAAGGUUGCAGCUCAUUGACAACUGUGACCAUUCCCAGCUCUGUCACUGUGAUUGACGAUUCUGCCUUUGAAGGUUGCAGCUCAUUGGUAAAUGUGACCAUCCCUGACUCAGUUACUCGGAUUGGAAGAAGUGCCUUCUUUGGCUGCAGCUCAUUGGCAAACGUGACCAUUCCCAACUCAGUCACUCAGAUUGAAGGAAAUGCCUUUGAAGGUUGCAGCUCAUUGGUAAAUGUGACCAUCCCUGACUUAGUUACUCGGAUUGGAGGAAGUGCCUUCUUUGGCUGCAGCUCAUUGGCAAACGUGACCAUUCCCAACUCAGUCACUCAGAUUGAAGGAAAUGCCUUCCGAGGUUGCAGCUUGUUGGCAACUGUGACCAUUCCCAACUCUGUCACUGUGAUUGGCGCUUCUGCCUUUGAAGGUUGCAGCUCAUUGGUAAAUGUGACCAUCCCUGACUCAGUUACUCGGAUUGGAGGAAGUGCCUUCCGAGGUUGCAGCUCGUUGGCAACUGUGACCAUUCCCAACUCUGUCACUGUGAUUGACGAUUCUGCCUUUGAAGGUUGCAGCUCAUUGGUAAAUGUGACCAUCCCUGACUCAGUUACUCGGAUUGGAGGAAGUGCCUUCUUUGGCUGCAGCUCAUUGGCAAACGUGACCAUUCCCAACUCAGUCACUCAGAUUGAAGGAAAUGCCUUCCGAGGUUGCAGCUUGUUGGCAACUGUGACCAUUCCCAACUCUGUCACUGUGAUUGGCGCUUCUGCCUUUGAAGGUUGCAGCUCAUUGGUAAAUGUGACCAUCCCUGACUCAGUUACUCGGAUUGGAGGAAGUGCCUUCUUUGACUGCAGCUCAUUGGCAACCGUGACCAUUUCCAACUCAGUGACUGAGAUAAGAUUAAAUGCCUUCCGCGGUUGCAGCUCAUUGACAACUGUGACCAUUCCAACUCAGUCACUCAGAUUGGAGGAAAUGCCUUCCGAGGUUGCAGCUCGUUGGCAACUGUGACCAUUCCCAACUCUGUCACUGUGAUUUGGGAUUCUGCGUUUAAAGGUUGCAGCUCAUUGGCAAACGUGACCAGUCCCAACUCAGUCACCAAAAUUGAAGGAAGUGCCUUCUUUGGGUGUAGCUCAUUGGCAAACGUGACCAUUUCCAACUCAGUGCCUCAGAUUGAAGGAAAUGCCUUCCAAGGUUGCAGCUCAUUGACAACUGUGACCAUUCCCAGCUCUGUCACUGUGAUUGACGAUUCUGCCUUUGAAGAUUGCAGCUCAUUGGUAAAUGUGACCAUCCCUGACUCAGUUACUCGGAUUGGAGGAAGUGCCUUCUUUGGCUGCAGCUCAUUGGCAAACGUGACCAUUCCCAACUCAGUCACUCAGAUUGAAGGAAAUGCCUUUGAAGGUUGCAGCUCAUUGGUAAAUGUGACCAUCCCUGACUCAGUUACUCGGAUUGGAGGAAGUGCCUUCAAAGGUUGCAAGUGGCAAACGUGACCAUUCCCAACUCAGAUUAGCGCCUCCAUUUGCAAUGGCAGGCGCCUCCGAAAGGCGAGUCCCUAAGCCAGUUGUUUUCAGCAACGCAUGUUUCGAGA